AUUACAUACUCGCGAACCAUCAUCGAAGGAUUCGGCUAAUAAUUGUCAAACAUGACAGAAAAUUCAAAAACUACUUCAAAAACAGACGGAUAUUGUUUCCCGAUUGUGAUAAAUUCUUGCUUCGAUAUUGAAGAAAACAACACAACCACCAAGCAUAGACACCCGUGCUGCAGAAUUUUUAUCCUUACCAUCUACACUUUCAUAUUCGUUGGCUUAAUUACACGUAUUCUCCUUACCAAAAACGAAUAUCAAACAUCUUAUCCUGUAACCGCUGUGGCAUCAACGAUGAAACUCAGAGGUGUGCUUGACACUCGAAAUAUUCGCGUGACCGACCUGCACCCCGUUUUUCGAAAAGAUUCCCACAUCUAUCUCCGUAUUUGGGACUCGUUAGACUUAAUCCCAUCAAGAGGUGAUACAUCAAAAAAUGGACUCAUUGUCAUUACAAACGUGGCCGUUACAGCAGAUCAAACACUUUCCGAUGGUGUUUGCCCUGAGGACGUCGAUAGCAAAUUGUUUCUCUGCACAUCGAACAAAGAUUGUCCUAAAGGGGAGCAAAAGCUGAAGGGACACGGCAUUAUGACGGGAAAAUGUGUCAACAGCGAUAUUGAGAAGGAUAAGAGAACAUGCGAAAUAAGUGGAUGGUGCCCCGUCGCACGGAGCACUCGACCGUUAUUGUACGUACAUAAAUAUGUAGUUAACAUCUUGUCUUAUCUUAGGGCCUUGGAUGGCGACUGGAUCUGCCAUAAGAAAUUAGAAUUUUUCAUCCUACCCUCAUUCCAUGUCUUUAAAUGCUAAUUUUUAAAAGUGCAGGAAUUUGAAGAAAUGGGUUAAAUUUCAUUAAUAAAUUUCUC